AUGACCGAGAAAGAAAGCCCGGCUGGGUUUGUCAAGGUCGUCGAGGGCAAGGCCGCCAUCCUCUUCCCAGAAGAUGAGGGCGUCUUUUACAACCCCGUCCAGGAGUUUAACCGCGAUCUGAGUACCUGCGUUAUUCUCAACUUUGCCAACCGCUUCAUGCCCGAUACCAGCGAUCCUUGGGGCAAGAAACACGCCCGCCGAACCUCGCACGCACUCGGCGAUCCCCUCUUUGAAGGCUCCCAUCGCAAAGAAGCCGAAGAACAAAUCAAAGCCCAGUCCCCCGCUGUGGAAUCAACUCCUGCGCCUGGUGAGCGGACCAUGUACAAUCCAAGCGAUGCCUCCUUUGAUCGCGAAACCCAGGGCAUUCGUAUCCUCGAAGCCCUGGCCGCCUCGGGCCUCCGUUCCAUUCGCUAUUACCGGGAAAUUCCCGCCAUCCGCUCCAUCGUGUGCAACGACUUUAGCCAAGCCGCCGUGGAGAACAUUCGUCGCAACCUGGCUUACAAUGACAUUGCAGAAAGCGGCAUCAUUCCCAACUUUGGUGAUGCCAACGUUGUCAUGCACGACGCGUCGACGCGGCCCGGCGCUCGUUUUGACGUCGUCGAUCUGGAUCCUUACGGCACCGCCUCCCCGUUUCUGGACGCCGCCGUCAAAUCCAUCACCGACGGAGACAUGGCCGUGCUGGCGGGUGCCCACCCCGAUGCCUGCUACGCCAAGUAUGGCUCGGUGUCUCUCAAGGGUCCAUUUUGCCACGAAUCGGGCGUUCGCAUCCUCCUCAACUCCAUCUCUACCGCAGCCGCUCGCUACGGGAGCUAUAUCCAGCCGCUCAUGUCGUGUUCAAUCGACUUUUACUGCCGAGUCUUUGUGCGCGUCUUCAAGGGCCCUGCCAAGGCCAAGCUCUCGGCUCAACACAACGGCGUUGUGUACAUGUGCCCGCGGUGCCACAGCUUUGCCUCGGCGUCCUUUGGCCGCUUCGGGGACAAAAACAAGUUCCGACAUGGCCAUGCACCCUCCGUGGGUGAUCAUUGCCAGCACUGUGGAGGACCUUUUCAGAUUGGCGGUCCGCUCUGGCUGGGACCGAUGCACGAUCCCGACUUUGUGGGACAAUGUGCCGACUAUCUCAAAGCACAUCGCGACGACUUUGGAACGGCUGACCGCAUGGAGGGCAUGUUUGCCAUCUGCAAAGAGGAACUGCCCGAUGCUCCAUUCCACUACAAUGUGAGCGAUCUAGCGCACACGGCGCAUUGCCAGUCCAUCCCCCAUGACACAUUCCGCUCCGCUCUGGUCAAUGCGGGCUACCGCGUCUCUCCCACCCACACCAACCCGCAAGGCAUGAAGACGGAUGCUCCCUCCACUUUUAUCUGGGAUUUGCUGCGGGAAUGGGUGAAAACUAACCCUGUCAAGAAGGAGCACUACGAAGGCGAAAGUCCCGGUGCUCUCAUUCUUAAAGCCCCCAUGACGCAUACGGUGGAUAUGACUUUUAACAAGGCAUCGCGGCCCAAGAGCGUCGAUGCCAAAAUUGUGCGCUUCCAGGAGAACCCCACUGCCAACUGGGGUCCCAAAGCGCGCGCCGGGAGCAAGAAACGAACGGACAGCGAUGGCAAGAAGACGCAGCCAAAGAAAGCCAAGGCUGACGAAGAGUAAUUUGGUCAUGCGCGAUGGCCUUUGUUUCUGGCAUUUUUGGGUGACCUGUCUGCCUUGCUGCUUUUGUUGCGGGACGCUUCGGGGGCCAACGUGGUGACACAUGGCCCCUGCGGCAAACAUCGGUUGACAAAAUU